AUGGAUCUCUCCAUCUACAUUCUGAUUCUCACUGUUACUGUCAUGUUCUUUACUGUCAAAUGGCAUGUUCGCUCUGGAAAGAUUCCAGUAUCUGUCAACUAUCACUUCUCACGCAAGUGUAACAAGGAAUGCCUCUUUUGUUUUCACACAGCAACCACUUCUCACAUCGAAAAGCCAGAGAAUGCCAAGAGAGGCUUGGCUCUCCUCAAGCAAGCGGGGAUGAAGAAGAUCAACUUUGCCGGCGGAGAACCAUUUCUCUACCCAAAGUUUCUAGGGGAGAUGAUAGAUUUUUGCAAAGACACACUCCAACUCGAAUCCGUCUCUAUCGUUACCAAUGGAAGCUUGGUCAAAGAAACUUUUCUUCGAAAACAUGGCCGCAACAUCGACAUUCUAGCCGUCAGCUGCGAUUCCUUCGACGAAGAUACAAACAUAAAGAUUGGACGAGGAUCCGGGGACAAUGUUCGCAAACUAUACGAGAUUGCUUCUUGGUGCCAGAAAUACAACAUCAAGUUCAAGCUCAACACAGUUGUGAAUAGAUUCAACCAUUUGGAGGAUAUGAAUGAGCACCUCACGAUGCUUCAGCCAUUCCGAUGGAAGUGCUUCCAAGUUCUCAUUGUGGCUGGAGAAAACGAUUCCGACAAGACCCUUCGUAACGCUCACAAUCUCACCAUUUCCGACGACGAAUUUGAUCGCUUUUGUGAAAGACAUGGCAGCCAAGCCUCUCUCGUCCCAGAGCCCAACCGACUGAUGGCGAAAUCCUACCUCAUACUCGACGAAUACAUGCGUUUCUUGGAUAGAAAUGGCCAGCAGCCAUCAAAGUCCAUCUUGGAAGUUGGCGUGCGGCGAGCUCUUCAAGAAGUUUUUUGGGAUGAAGAGGCAUUCGUUGAACGGGGAGGGGUCUACGACUGGAACAAGCCAUCUUGUUCUACGGACAACAAAGAGCUGGAGUGGUGA